AUGGGUUCAACUAUUGAGGAGCGAAAUUUGCUAGCUGGCGUGCAGACUGGUGAAGCUCCAGGCUGCACGCUCAGCGACUUGCCUGUUCUGAUGCAGGAAACUGCGAUUAAGGGGGUUGGCUCACGUUACUUCGGUGGUUCAAGGCAUCUCAAUUUACAAGGCCGCGACACAUGUAUACUGCACGGCCUCGGAAUGCUGUUCGUCGGAGCGUCGGAGCCUUUCAGCUAUGUGUUCCCGCUAGUGCCGCACGAGGCGGCAUCGGAUUUGCCAGGGGAGAAGGCCUACAGCCAUGACGAAGCUAUACUCUACUGGGAGAACCUUGAAGUGAAAGCUGAACCAAGGAACGAGCCACCAACAAAGCGCGUGAGAGGAAGGCCCACAGUGUUCAAAUAUAUUAACGACAUCAUCACCAUGGUCUACGAGCGCCAAGCCCAAGCCUCUGCCCCGCUGCCCGCGACGCUCACCGCAGGGCUGAGCAGCCACUCCUUGUGCCGCGGCUCCGCAGCGUAUGCGAACACCUCACCGCAGCUUGCGAUCCAGCGGAUCUCGACCCGGGGAGCUUGGCUGCUGGACUCGCUCACGAAGGCGUUCGAGUACCUCUGCAAGAACGCCAGCGGCUUCACGGACACCACGCCCAACGUCGACGCCUUAGUCCUGGAUGCGGCGCUCGCGUCCCUGCUCAUCCAUCUUGACGACAUCGCGACGGCAUCCCAGCAGGAGCAGGCUGCCACAGGCUUCACAUCGCAUUACCUGUACCGCUUCCACAACGCAACCAACGUAGCGCUGGGAGCUCGGCUCUCGCUGGACUCGUACAUUGGUUGGGGUCGGCAGCUUCGCACGGCUUGGCAAACGGAGAACUUCGGGCAGCUGGGUGAACGCAGCAAUGGAAACGCCACCAUACUUGCCACAGCCGUCACCCAGAUGCUAUCGUCCAUCGCAGCAAUGCAGCGCACACUUCAGAAGCUCGUCGCGGUCCACGAGAGCAAGUCCGCCAGCGCUGACGGUCCUGCUCCUUGUCGCUGUGAUAGCCAGGCCCCGCAGGCGACCACUGACACCGUCGUUGAAGCGCACUCUCUUGCUGGCUGCUUCUACAACUGGUAA